AUGCCGUGCGAUGACUCCUCGGUUGCUGAGGAGUCUGCAGAUGCGAAUGCCUUGAAGGAGCCGCAGUCAGAGGAAGCACCUGCUGUGCGAAUACCGGAGAAGGCAGAGACAGAGCGCCAAGAGGAGAAAACCCAGGUGCCGGAGGGCCCCUCCCUGCCUGGUGGCGAAAAAGAGGAUGGCCAGAAAAACGAGAAGGGCGGCGAAGCUGCAGAAGCUGAUGUGAAGGACCCCGCAGAAGAGAAAGUCACAGAAGAGGUGCGUCCCGUGCCUGCGGAUGCCGGCUCGACUGGAGCCGCCGAGCCGGAUGGCUCUGGAGACGCUGAGCCUCAGAAGGCCGUCGAGGAGGAGCAUCAGGUCUCAAAGCCAAAAGACGAAGAGAGUGAAGCGAUGCCGAAAGCCAUGGAAGCUCCUCCUUUGCCCGCGGACGAUGUGAAACAAGACGGCGAGAAAGAGGUUGCCCAGAGCCAAGACAUAGCGCAGAAAGACGAAGAGCAGAAGACCCAAGAGAAGGAUCUGCCUUUGGAAGCAGCGUCGGGCAGUCAAGAUGUGGCUCCGGAUGCAGCUCCGAAUGCAGCUCCGGUUUCGGGCGAGGCGGAGGCAAGCCCGAAGCCAGCCGAAGCCGAGGAGGGCACGGAAGCCAAGGCCGAGCCGGCUGAAAGCCCAAGCCCGGGCACUGCCCCCAAAACGCCGGUGGCCUUGGCCAGCCCGGGCAAGGAGGCUUCGGAGGCCCCGGAGGCCGAGGCCGAGGCCGAGGCGUCGGCCUACAGCCCCGAGGAUGGCCCUGUCGACCAAGACAAGGCCAAAGAAGAACAACUGCGAAAGCUUGCUGAACUGGAAGCUGCGUUGGCUCCUUUCGCGACCAUAGAGCCCAAAGCUUCUGACAUCCCCCAGGAGACCAAAGGAAACAACACCGAAGCCAGCACAAGCCAGAGGCUGGAUGUAAAGGAGGAAGUCAAAGCUGGCUCAAAGGCAUCGGGCGAAGAGGCGGAGGCGGACGCGCGAAAGGACCCAAGCAGCUUGUUUCCCAACGUUGCCCUCGACGAGAAGGGCACGGAAGCCAGAAAGAAGGCAGCGAAAUCAGCUCGAGAGAGAGAGGAGAAGGAGAAGGCGGAGAAGGGUAAGAUGGAGAAAGAGAAGAAGUUGAGAGGCUGGUCCCAGGGCCGUAGCCGGAGCCGGAGAGCUCGACGCUCCUCGCCCAGCCCCAAGAAGAAGGGCAGGGAAAGGGACCGGUCCCACGAACGGAAGCGAUCGCCGAAGCGCUCGCCCAAGCGGUCCAAGCAGUCGCCCAGGAGAUCGGCGAAACGGUCUCCGAAGCGGUCGCCCAGAAGAUCUCCCAAGAGGUCCCCGCCCCGAAGAUCGCCGAAGCGGUCGCCGAAGCGGUCGCCGAAGCGAUCGCCGGCGAAGCGACCCACCAAGCGCUCCCGAUCGCGCAGCCGCCGCAGCCGGCGUGGUCGCUCCGCAGAAAGGCGAAUGCCCUCGGCGAAGCGUCGGCGAAACGCCGCGGCCAAGGCCAAGGCUUCGUCUUCUGCAAGCCGAGAUGCCAGGCGGCGAAAGGAGAAGGAGAAGCCUCAGCUUGCUGUGAAGAGUAAGGUGAAACGGCCCAAAAGCUCCAGCUCCACCUCCACCAAACUCAGCCGCCGGAAGGCGCCAAAAGCACGCGCCAGACCCAAGAGCUCCAGCUCAUCGCCUGCGAAGGCUCCCGCCAAGACAGCAAAGACUUCAGGCAAGGCUCCGGCAACAGCAACAGCCCCUACGGCCCCUCCCAAGUCCAAGCCGCCGGUGGUUGCGCAGGGCGAUGAGAGCCGAAGAUCACCGAAGAAGCAGACUCAGACAGCCAAAGCAGAUCAAAAGAAGCCCGCGGUGACGAAGAAGCCUCCGCCUUCCUCAUCAAGCUCACCAUCGCCGGCACGGCCCAAACCGAAGGCGACCAAUGCCAUUCCGGUGAAGAAGACCAUAGCAAAGAAAGCGGUGACCAAGAAGUCUGAGUCCUCAUCGGCUUCCUCCACAUCCCCAGCUGGACCGCCCACGAAGGCCAGCAAGCCAGCCAAGACGGAUGCCAGCGCCAAGGCCAAGCAAGACAAAGACAAAGACAAGCCUAAAGUCAAAUCCAAUGCCGCUCGAGCAGCCCCAAAGGCCAAAUCAGCUGCAAGCACAAAGCCUCCCAAGCCAAAAGGCGCGGAGCCAAAGUCCACCCCAUCCACUCCUCAGGCAAAGCCCUCAGCAGCAAAAUCCUCCGCUCCGGCCCCUCCCCCGGUGAAAGCUGGCACGCCGAAAUCCGCCAAGGACAAGGCCGAGAAGCCGAAGCUCUCCCAGAGUUCCGAGAAGCCAGGCGGGCCCGCCGGGCCAGAGAAAGUGAAGCGGAAGAAGAAGAAGGCGCCAAAGGCCACAGCCGGCACCACAGCCGGCGGCACAGCCAGCGCAGCCGCGGCCGGCGGCCCCAAGGGCCCCAAGGGUGCGGCGAGAGCGGCCAAAGCCAAGGCCAUCUCAUCCCCUCAACUCGUCUCCGUGACCCGUAAGCCGGCAGACAAGGACAAGGACAAGGAUCCCAGCAGCGACAGUGACGUGGAGAUCGUGGCCGCGGACAUCAACUGGUCCUCGCGGCAGCCGGCCGCCGCGGGGCGAAACGGCGGGCCCAAGAGGCGGGCACCGGAGGAGGUCUUGGCCGCGGCGCUCAUGGACGUGUUGGUUCCGAAGCCGACGGGUCCGGAUGCCGCGGAUUUGUCCCCGGCCGAGGCCGCUCUUCUCCGAAGGCAGCAGAUGCGGCGGCGUCUCUCCGAACCAUCCGACUGGGCACAGCCCGUUGAUGUCACGGCCCCAGCACCUCCGGAGACCGACGAGGAGCUGAAGAAGGAGAAGGGCAGAGAUGUGCUUGAGAAGCUGAAGAUGACGCAGAAGCAGCUCCUGCAGCUUCAGCUUGGAAUGAAGCAGCAGCAGCUGGAAAAGCUGAAGGCUCGGAUGCGCGGCAAGCGAUCCAGAAACACAUUUUUCCCUGCGCGGCAACGACGCCUGCCAGCUCAGCUAGCUCAGCCAGCUACUUCCGCCGGAGCGAGCCCAGAGCCUUCGAAGCCGCCGCCAAUUCUCGCAGAUGCAUCGGCGUCGGCUGCAUCGCCCCCCAGUCCCAAAGAGCGCUCCGAGAAGCGUCCCCCGACUCCAUCGCCAGGCGCGCCUGAAUCUAUCCAGGCCUCACAAGCCCCAAAGCCCGCAGAGCGCAGCCAGGUGAUCCCAAAGCGCGCGGAGCCCACGGCUCCUGCAAAGCGCGUGGCAACCCCAGCUCCCACGGCUCCCACGGCCCCGGCGGCUCCUGCGCUCCCCGUGCCCGCCACUGUAGCCCCCGCUGUGCAUCCUGCGCUCCGACCCGCAGCAUUAAAGAAGAGCCUCGCCGAUGCCUACUUUGAGAAGAAAGCUCAGGUCGAGAGGCAGAAGGCUUUGCUUCAGGAGGCUUUGGCCAAGCGUAAAGAGCUGGCCGGCAAGGCAGUCAAGAGCUCCGGCGAUGGGGCAACGCCAGCCUAG